GGAAGUCUAAUCUAUGAUUCAUCUUCGAUAGCUGAACCUGACUGAUUGUUCACAUACUUUGAAAAUAGGCAAAGCUGAUCCAUGAGUGGAAUUAAAGAGCUUUUGCUUUUCACAUGUUGAAGUGGCCUGCAUUUGCAAGGUUAAAUAAACUGCACGUAGCAGCAGACAUUUCUUGAAGUUUAAGAUGAACCGUUAAGCUUCUGUAACAAUACUUUAAAGUUAUCGUUUGGCAACGGACUAACAUUUGCUCUUUGCAAAGUGUUUCACUCUGUUAUCUCAAAGAUUGUGCAAAUACGUUUGGAUGCAGAGUGUGAAUAAGCCUCAUGCUUUGCACAUGAACAUAAACACCAAUUUGCAUGAAUUUUCCCUACUAGAACACACUGGUGGUUUCUGCACAACUGGCAUCCAGGGCUUGCUUCUCCACCUGCACCAAAUGUAGACAAAGUAGAAAUUUUAAUGUUUAUAACAGCAGUAUAGACAGGCAUAUAACCUUUAAACUUUUUCUCACUCACUGAUAUUAAAUCGGACUAAACUUUUUCUGUUCUAGCUCAGUUUGGAUUACUAAAAACAAUUCCUGUUUACUGUCUAUCAGAACAAAGAGAACAAUUAUAUUUAUAUUACUUUCUUCAAAAUUUAGAACUAUACAUACACUUUCUUCAAUCGCAGUUGCUUGCUAAAAUUUUAAUCCAUUUCUCCUGACAGAACCAACGUUCCUGCCGCAUUGCAAACUUUUCAGCACUGCCCAGAUUUUCUUUGAGAUCUCAAUAAAUUAUUUUUAUGGCCUCUCCAACACAUUGACUUUGUUGCCCUUUAAAACCACUUUAUGACUAAUUUGGCAUUAUGUGUAGGGUCUUUUUCUACUUGGAUGGUCCACUUGGGCCCAAACUUUACAUUCCCUUCACGUUGCUUCAGUCAUGUUCUUUCUUCAUCAUGACAUCAGUUCUGUUUAGUGCACCAGUUCAAACUCCCCCACAAUACAAUGUUAUCACCCCCAUGCUUCAUAGUUGACAUUUUGUUUUUAGGCUCACAAGCCUCCAGCUUUUCCUUCUAAUAUAACAUCGGUUGUUGUCCAAGCACUUAUAUUUUAUCUUAUUGGAUAACAAGACGUGUCUCCAAAAAGUCCAUAGUCUUUGUCCCUAAGUUUGUUUGCAAAGUGUGAUUGCUUUUCUCACUUUUAGAAAACAUACUUCUUCCUCUCAGUCCAUGUCAGCACAAGACUCGUUUUUCUGUUGAUGAUGAAACUCUGUAACCAGAUUCAACCAGCAUCUUUUCACGGUUCAAAAAUUCUCUCUUAGCCUCAAGCCUAUCACCACUAUGCAUGUAAGGCAGAGAGGAUGUGGACUAUUCAUUUACUAGACCUACUAAUCAAAAUAGAAGACUUAUUUUUGGACAGCCUGACAAAGCUUUGGAUAACCCCCUGAUAGUAUUGGACCCUACGUGGAAACCAUAUUGCCCAUAUCAAAAUCCACCAUUGCUUUACAAGGACCAUACGUUUUUCAAGAAAUCUGAAAUUACUUCUCAAGUGCCUCAAAGAACCUUUAAUUCUUUGAUUAUGCCUUUUAAUAGCUCCUUGAGACUCUCAAGGAAUAACAGUCUGAUUUCACUGCCUUGGAGGUGUAACACUUGUGCAAUAAUAAGCUUCAUAGCCCCUGUAAUUUCCCCCGUGUAGCUGAGAGCUGCUGUUAAACAUUAACCCAACUCAUAAAACAUUCUUAAAGCAAAAGCAGGAGUUUGAGUCCAACUCAGUAGAAAAACAGUUUUCUGAACUUUCGUCCACUAGCGAACUAUAAAUUAUCAUCAUCAAGCCACAAAAUGGCAAACAUCAGGCCAGAAUGUCCUCCUCCUCCUGCUCCUCUUUAUUGUCGUCUCUUGUGUGUAGGAGGUGGUGAGAGUAGGUGCAUUUAACGUUGUCACAAUGUAAAUAUCAUGACAGGAAAUUGCAGGUGUGGUUAAACCUGGGUGUGGACACAAAUACAUCAAACCCUCUCUGCUUCACACACACUGGUGGAAGGAAAGCCCAGCGGUAGAUUAUUAAUACAUAACCAAAUUCACAAAUCUGUUUUGAAUAGGAGACAUUGAGGUAAUCGCCACAUCUAGCAGAUCACAAGUUCACUGCAAAGAUGAACAGCAAGGACAGAGAUAUGUUUGCCAACAUCAACCGGAAGCCAGGCCUGCAGAUAUGGACCAUCAAUAAAAUGCGGAUGGCUCCGGUUCCAACCAAGACCUUCGGUAACUUCUUUGAGGGCGACUGUUACAUUAUUCUGAAUAUAAGCAAGAAUAAAGGUGUGGGAGAGUCGAUCGACAUCCACUAUUGGAUAGGAAAGUCCUCCUCCCAGGAUGAGCAGGGAUCUGCAGCCCUCUACGUCACCCAGCUGGACGAGUAUCUGGGUGGGAGUCCAGUGCAGUACAGGGAGGUUCAGGGCUUCGAGUCACCCAAGUUCAGGAGCUACUUUAAAACCGGCCUGAUCUACAAGAAGGGUGGCCUGGCGUCAGGCUUUAACCAUGUCGACACAAACGUCUACAACAUCGUACGGCUGCUGCACGUCAAAGGGAGGAAGCACGUGUCAGCCGCAGAGGUUGAGGUGUCCUGGAACAGCUUUAACAAUGGAGAUGUGUUUAUUCUGGACCUUGGGAAAACCAUCAUACAGUGGGACGGCCCUGAAUGCAACAGGAGGGAAAAGCUCAAGGCGGUGCUGCUGGCUCAGGACAUCCGGGACAGGGAGCGUGGAGGUCGGGCCGACGUCGUUGUCGUGGAGGGAGCACGUGAGAAGGACACACCAGAGCUGGUACAAAUGAUGGCCGACGUGCUCGGCAAAAGACCCAGCCAGCUGAAGAAGGCCGUUUCUGAUGACAAACAUGACCAGGAGCAGAACAACAGCGUCCGACUCUACCAUGUGUAUGACAGCACUGGGAACGUAGUGAUCCAAGAAGUGGCUGUACAGCCUCUGACACAAGAUCUGCUCCGCUCCGCUGACUGUUAUAUUUUGGACAACUGCGGCUCUAAUGUGAUGGUCUGGAAGGGCAAAAAGGCCUCAAAGGAUGAACGUCGAGAAGCUAUGAAGAGAGCGCUGGACUACAUUAAAACCAAAAACUAUCAGUCCAGCACCAGUGUGGAGGUGAUGAGUGAGGGAGGAGAGUCAGCCAUGUUUAAGCACUUGUUCAAAAACUGGAGGGAAAAAGGGCAAAUUACCGGACUGGGCAACACCCACACUGUUGGAAAGAUAGCCAAGGUUGAGCAGGUAAAGUUUGACGUGAUGGAGCUCCACGCUCACCCUGACAUGGCAGCAAAGCACCACUUGGUUGAUGAUGGCUCAGGAGAAGUGAAGGUGUGGCGCAUUGAGAAUUUGGAACUGGCUGAGGUCCAGUCAAAUAUGCACGGGCAGUUUUAUGGAGGCGACUGCUACUUGGUGCUGUACACAUACCGCGUGUCGAACAGAGAGCAGUACAUACUCUACAUGUGGCAGGGUCGCCAUGCCACCAGAGACGAGAUCACAGCCUGCGCCUACCAGGCGGUCACCGUUGACAACAUGUACAACGGAGCCCCUGUCCAGGUCCGAGUGGUGAUGGGAAAGGAGCCUCGCCACUUCCUGGCUAUCUUCAAAGGAAAACUCAUCAUCUUUGAGGGAGGAACAGGUCGGGCUGGAGCAGUCAGCCCUAACACCACUGCCAGCCUCUUCCAGGUUAGAGGAACCUCUGAGCUGAACACAAAGGCCAUUGAAGUUCCAGCAAGGGCCUCGUGUCUAAACAGCAACGACGUGUUCUUGCUGAGGACCCCUCAGAAAUGCUACCUGUGGUAUGGAAAGGGCUGCAGCGGAGAUGAGAGGAUGAUGGCCACGGAAAUGUCUGACCGCCUGUUUAGGCAGUAUAAGGAGGUGGUGAUGGAGGGCCAGGAGCCAGCUGAGUUCUGGAUUGCUCUCGGGGGAAAGGCCCCCUACGCCAGCGACAAGAGACUGGAGCGAGAGGAUCCACUUCACUCCCCCCGUCUGUUUGAGUGCUCGAACCAGACGGGUCGGUUCAGGAUAACCGAGGUCUACGACUUUGACCAGAGUGAUCUGGACGAGGAGGACGUGAUGCUCCUGGACACCUGGGAGGAGAUUUUCUUGUGGGUUGGAAAGUUUGCCAAUGAGACUGAGACCAAAGAGUCUUGGAACAGCGCACGCGAGUACCUGAAGAUGCAUCCAGCAGGCCGCGACCCUGACGCGCCCAUCAUCUUUGUGAAGCAGGGGAAUGAGCCGCUCACCUUCACUGGCUGGUUUAACGCGUGGGAUCCUUUCAAGUGGAGUGAGCUGAAUGCCGGCAGCUUAAAUAAAGGCGUUGACGCAACAGACUUUGGAGGCUACAGUGCUCCUGGAGGGCCUGCAAGCACAUUCCCAAUGUACAGGACCCACGGAGGGAUGAUGUCGCCAAAGGCCACCACUCCCACCAGCCCGUUCAGAGGCACCUACUCCCCAGCUGGAAGUAGUGGGAUGUCUGUGGACUCUAAGCUGCUCAUUAAUGUACCCGCCAGUGAGCUUCCAGAGGGAGUGGACCCCAGCCAGCGAGAGGAUUACCUGUCUGACGAGGACUUUGAGAACCUGCUCGGUGUCAGUCGGUCUGAGUUUCUGGGUAUGCCCCAAUGGCGUCAGAUCGAGCUGAAGAAAAAGGCAGGACUCUUCUAGGAAGGAUUUAUCUUCUGGAUUACACAGAAGCGGCGUCAGACCGGUCCGUCCAAGAUACCGAGAAAUCCAAGCUAACGACGGUUUGUUGCCAUUGUUGACCGAAGCAGCAGCGAUUUAUUCGAAUAACUUAUUCACUUAAAUGUUUUCAACCAUUUAGCAAGCUCAGAUGACUCAUGAAGAAAAAAUCUGCUUAUAAACUGAUUGACUUUUUGUUAUUUAAUAAAUGUGCUCUUCUUAUAAAAGCGUUCAAAUGUA